AUGGUGACUACCUCUCAGUUAGCGAUUCCUCAUUCUUCUAUUGCAUCACUGGUUCCUAUGGUUUCUAAUGUCCAUGUCAAAUUGGAUGAUACUAAUUACUUGCAAUGGCACUUCCAAAUGAACUUGAUGCUGGAAUGUCAUGGCAUACUUGGUUUUGUGACUGGUUCCCAUCCAUGUCCACCUCAGUUUGUUAUUGGUUCUAAUUCUGAGGAAAUUGAAGCAUAUAAGGUCUGGCAGUUACAUGACAAAGCUUUGAUGCUAUUACUCUCUACUACUCUGCAUGCCUCUGUUAUUUCUUGUGUAAUUGGUAGUACCAAUGCUAGGGAGAUGUGGUUAACUUUGAAAGAAAGGUUCGCUAUUAUUACCAAGCUUAGUAUUUUUCUUCUGAAGACUUGUCUCUUCAAUAUGAAGAAAGGUUUGGAUUCUAUAGCUCAAUAUCUUAAUCAUAUUAAGGAUGCAAGAGAUCAGCUAUCUUGUGUUGGCGUGCACUUUGCUGAUGAAGACAUUAUCAUCUUGGCUCUCAACGGUUUACCUGCAGAAUACAACACUUUUAGGUGUGUUAUGCGAUGCCGAGAAAGAGUCCAAGGCCUUCAGCACUUGGCUGAAGUAGAAGGCCACGAAGAAAGCCAAAGAUUCACAUGUGAGGGGCUGCUGGGAGAACAAGUUCCAAGUGCAAGCAUUCAAGAAACCAAGGGGUAUUGGCACGCAGGGGAAGAUGCUAUCCCUUAA